AUGCUAAAAAUCCUAAUUCCAACAAUUAUGUUAUUUCCAACAAUCUGACUCUCCCCCUCUAAAUGAGUUUGAACCACCACAACCCUUCAAAGCUUAAUCAUCGCCCUAGUCAGUCUUAGCUGAAUUAAUUGGUCCUCAGAGACAGGCUGAACUUCCUCUAACUUAUAUAUAGGCACAGAUCCUUUAUCAACACCCCUUUUAGUACUCACCUGCUGACUGCUCCCCCUCAUAAUCCUCGCUAGCCAAAACCACAUUAAAACUGAGCCCAUUGCCCGCCAACGAAACUACAUUACCCUGCUAGCCUCCCUACAAACCUUUUUAAUUAUAGCAUUCGGAGCAACCGAAAUCAUUAUAUUCUACAUUAUAUUUGAAGCAACCCUAAUCCCCACCCUCAUUAUUAUCACCCGCUGAGGGAACCAGGCUGAACGACUGAGCGCAGGAACAUACUUCUUAUUCUACACCCUAGCCGGCUCUCUUCCCCUAUUAGUAGCCCUGCUCCUGCUGCACCAAAACACAGGAUCUCUUUCAAUACUUAUUAUUCAAUAUUCACAGCCAAUGACCCUUAACUCCUGAGGAGAUAAAAUCUGAUGAGCGGGCUGUUUAAUCGCCUUCCUAGUAAAAAUGCCCCUAUAUGGAGUCCACCUCUGAUUACCAAAAGCCCACGUAGAAGCCCCAGUAGCCGGGUCCAUAGUGCUAGCAGCAAUUUUACUGAAACUCGGAGGCUACGGCAUAAUACGAAUAAUAAUUAUGCUAGACCCCCUAUCCAAAGACAUAGUAUACCCCAUCAUCGCAUUAGCCCUGUGAGGCGUACUAAUAACAGGCUCCAUCUGCUUACGACAAACAGACUUAAAAUCACUAAUUGCCUAUUCAUCUGUUAGCCACAUAGGCCUUGUCGCAGGAGGAAUCUUAAUCCAAACCCCAUGAGGCUUUACCGGUGCUCUCGUAUUAAUAAUUGCCCACGGACUAGUGUCCUCCGCCCUAUUCUGCCUAGCUAACACCACCUAUGAACGCACUCACAGCCGAACAAUGAUUUUAGCCCGUGGGAUACAGAUCAUCUUUCCACUGACAGCUGUUUGAUGAUUCAUCUCUAACUUAGCAAAUUUGGCCCUUCCCCCUCUGCCAAAUUUAAUAGGAGAACUUGUAAUUAUUACCGCACUAUUUAAUUGAUCACCCUGAACCCUAAUCUUAACUGGAGCCGGCACACUCAUUACCGCAGCCUACUCACUAUACCUGUUCUUAAUAACCCAACGAGGCCCUCUCCCACAACACAUCAUCAACCUACAACCCUUUCACACACGAGAACACCUACUGAUAAUUCUUCACCUCCUCCCAGUUGCUCUCCUCAUCACAAAGCCUGAAAUUAUAUGAGGUUGAUGGUACU